CUUUAGGUAUUUAAUACUGUGUAUGUAUUUAUACUAAGUGUAUAAAAAGCUAUAACGCAGGAUUUUUAGGUAGGCAGUCACACUUUAAAGUUAUGCCCAAAAGAAGAAUCGUUUCGAAAACGUCUCAAAACGCUGCUCCCCCCAAAUGCAAUAUCCCUGUUGCUACAGAAACUGCUUUUGAUAAUGUAAAGUUCCAAAAAGAGCUAAAUUGGUGUGUGGAGCAGUUAAGAAUGGGUAUGCUGACCAAAAGCCCAAACCAAAAGCAGAUCAAAGAGUCCACUGCUAUAAUAAAAACACUACUGUCCACAAAAGCUCCUUUGGUCAAAAAACGUCAAGUUAUGAGGCAAACUUUUGGGGACUACCGCCAAAAAGUGGAACAGGAUGAUAUAAAAUGGCAAAAAGAUGCAAUAAAACUGUCACAAGCUAUAAAAAUAUUAAAAGUUCCAUCAGAAAAAGAGACUGGAAAUUUUCUUAAAGCUUCGCAAAAUCUUAACUGCCAAAAGCAUCAGCAACCUAUGGAUGAAAGUAAUUUAGUCGAUUUAUUUCAAUUUAAUUUUAAAAUAGAAGAUGAAAUUUGAGUUAUUUUCUUGUAUUUUAAUUAUUUUUCGUUAUUGAAAAUCGCCACUGAAUGUGUUGGUACUGCUAAAAUUGGUUUAUUUUCUGCUUAUUUGUGUUUUACCUUCUAUUUCAAACUAUUAAAAAUUCUUGGCACAAGUACCUAACCUGGGGUAAAAUUUAAAUUGUUAUCGUUAAAAAGCAGCCAAGUUAUAUAUAACAAAUUAUGUGUUUUUUUAACUCAUGUUGCCACCUGCUUUUUUAAAGGUUUGACACCUAUGUUGUUAUAUGCUGCUGUUUUAAAAAAUACUCUUAAGUUAUGACCCAUUUAAAACCUACUGUUUAAUUUUUUUUCUCCAUUUAA